UUAUCUGUCUGAUUUGCAAGUGUUGGAACGAAAACGUUUGUUUUUGGUUGGUUUCGCGAAUGUCAAUUCUAAUCAUUCAUUUAAUCGCAAACCAGAUAAGUUGGAUAUUAUCAUUUUCGAUCGAUUCUGCAUAAGAUAUCGUGAGACGGUCGAAUUAGCCCAGUUCCAGCGAAAUCAUUCGCGGUAACAGUUGAACAAAUUUUGGUGUGUCUGUGUAGCCAUAAUGUUGACUCAAUUUGCUGGUAAUAUAUCGUGCACUGUCGAGCCCGGUCAGAUAUUCGUUAUCGGUGCAAGGCCUAUUGAUGAUGCCGAGCGAAUAGACAUUAACUUUCUAUCGGGCAAGUCUGAAGAAGCCGAUAACAUACUUCAUUUUUCGGUUCGCUUCUUAGAGGAUAUAAUUGUACGGAAUUCAAAAAUUGAAGGUGGGUGGGGUCCUGAGGAACGUCAUGACGGGUUGAACGAAUUAACUGCACCAAAUCCUAUAACGCCAGGAGAACUCUUCAAAUUAUACAUACUAGUAGGCGAUGACAAGUUCCAUAUUGCUAUCAACGGACAGCCGUACUGUACGUACACCUUCCGAGCGCCACUAUCGGAAAUCCGUGCCAUAUCACUAUUCAAGGAUAUCCAGCAAAUCAUACAAAUUGAUCAUCGCCAAGCUUUUCCAACCCCGUUUCCAGCAAUUCAGCUGGAGGAAACGUUCAAUUCGUUCAGUAACGAUGUUCCGAAACCGUUCCUUCCAGGCCAUGUUAUCGUUAUAACCGCCAUACCGUUCGGAAAUCCUCGUGGUGGAUUCAUCAUUCGUUUUAUGGAAAAUGGGUCGAAACGACAGGCUCUACACUUCAAUCCACGUUUUGAUCCACAUUAUGUGGUCGUUCGUAAUUCACACACGGAGACCCUGGAAUUCCGCCGGGAAGAAGAACGUCUCGGGGGAUUCCCAUUUGUACUGGAUCAGCAGUUCAAACUGGCAAUUGCUUUAACCGAAAAUGAGUUCAAGUUCGCGGUGAACGGAAGCGUAUUCGAAUCAUACGUAUAUCGUAGUGCCAAUCAGUUAGACACUCUUAACGGAUUCAAGAUACAGUGCAGCAACGGGAUGCAGCUCGAAGUUACCAGCGUGGACCACAUGAACAUGGGCGUUCCGGAUUGUGAAGGUUUUGAAAGUUACUCUCACCCAGAGGUGGAAAUAUUUUAAUAAAUCACCUUUCGUGUCAAUUUAUUCAACUGUUUAUCUAGGCACUGAACAGUAGACAAAAAAUUAAAUAAAAUACCUACCUUGACUCCCAGA